AUGUCUCAGCGACCAGAUGUCUCCCGCUGCGGUGGGGUUGUGGAAUUUGUGUCGUGUUCGCAGCAACUACGAUUUCUGCUUAUUCCAUUUUCAUGCAUUUCCUUGGAAGGUUCGGCUCUUAUCUACCUCAAGGGUCCCAAGUUUCUCAUCUAUGUCAGUGGAGCAUUAUCAAUGUGGGGUGACCGUAUGUGGCACUUCGCUAUCUCUGUGUUCCUGAUUGAGCUGUACGGCCGUAACCUGCUGCUGACUGCCGUGUUUGGACUGGUAGUGGCCGGAUCAGUGCUCCUGCUUGGGGCUUUGAUUGGAGAUUGGGUUGAUCGCAAUCCCAGGAAUAAAGUUGCACAUGCAUCUGUUUUCAUUCAGAACAUCUCAGUGACAGUAUGUAGCAUUGUGCUCAUGUUGGUGUUCUCAUAUAAGCAAAGGAUUGAAGAGAUCUGGGAAGGAUGGCUCACGGUGGUUUGUUACACGGUGGUGAUCGUCCUGGCAGACGUAGCAAACCUCGCAAGCACGGCGCUGACCAUUGCCAUUCAGAGGGACUGGAUUGUGGUUAUCGCAGGCUACAACCGAGGUCAUUUAGCCGGAAUGAAUGCAACCAUGAGGCGGAUAGACCAGGUGACCAACAUCCUGGCCCCGCUGGCAGUGGGACAGGUCAUGACCUUAGCCUCCAAUGUAGCCGGCUGUGGCUUCAUCCUGGGCUGGAACCUUGUGUCUCUCAUUGUGGAGUUCUUCUUCUUGUCACGGGUGUAUCACAUCGUCCCUGCUCUUUCAGUCAAACCACCAGGGGUGGAAGUGGAUCAGGCGUGUCUGCAGAGUAUGGACAGGAGAGGGUCACAAGGGGAAGGUAACGUUGCACAACUUCAACCUCUGACAGAAGGCAACUGCAACACAAGCACGCACCUAAAGGAAAUCAUCGACUUGCCGCAGUGUUUCACGAGGUCUCGCUGGCUGGUGAGCACCUGCAAGGACAGCUGGAGGGCCUACUACCGUCAGCCUGUCUUCCUGGCAGGACUGGGUCUGGCUUUCCUUUACACCACAGUGCUGGGCUUUGACUGCAUCACCACUGGCUACGCCUAUACUCAGGGCAUAAGUGGCUCUCUCCUUAGUGUGCUGAUGGGUGUAUCAGCUAUCACAGGGCUGAUGGGCACCGUGAUGUUCACCAGACUGAGGAAGAUCUAUGGCCUGGUUAAUACAGGUAUCAUCUCAAGCUGCCUCCACCUGGGCUGCUUGUUGCUGUGUGUGUGCUCUGCGUUUGCCCCUGGCAGCCCUAUAGAUCUUAGUUUACUGAUGCCCUUCCUUACCUCUAACUCCUCUGAGUUUGGAGAAAUGGCAAGCCAAAGGCAAAAGCACACGUAUCCUCUGACAGCAGGCAGCAAUCAGCCACUGUUACCCGACCGCUCAUCUAUUCACUGGACCAACAACACUGUGCUUUUUGACAACAUGCCCUCAAGCACAGCACCAGAAUCUUACAUCUCCAUUAUCCUGCUGUUCUUAGGCGUCAUCACAGCACGAAUUGGUCUCUGGUCCUUUGACUUGACUGUGACCCAGCUCCUGCAGGAGAACAUCUGUGAGUCAGAGAGAGGCGUGGUCAACGGGGUGCAGAGCUCGAUGAAUUACCUGAUGGAUCUGCUUCAUUUUAUCAUGGUGAUCUCCGCUCCACAGCCACAGCACUUUGGCAUCCUAGUUAUCAUUUCUGUGUUAUUCAUCACCAUUGGGCACAGUAUGUACUUCCUGUACGCACACAGAGCCGAGAAGAAACGCCGCCUCGACACAUAAGGAGCAGACGUGGCCCACACAGCCAGGCAUGAGGUGCUUACUAGCACUGACUCCACUCUGCACCUGGGAAAUGGACGUCUCCCUCCUGUUCCUUCAGCAAUCUUAUUGCAACACUCCAC